UGAAUUAAUGGGACAGGGGGCACCACAUCGUCUCCAAGCCCUGUGCACUGCUGGAAGGUCACCAUUAGGACUUUGGCCCCACACCACCACCACCACCACCACAGUACCCACAAGCUCUGUGAGCCCGUGUCAGUGUGUCUCAUGCCCUACUGAGACUGACUUCCUUCCAAGGGACAGAUACCCCCUCAACCUUGUGAGCUGUAAAAGUACCUUUCGCAGUACCAGAAGGUACCACCUAGGUACUUUUGACCUAAACUCUCUCUGGUUGAGGGGGAGGGGGAACAAUCCAGAUUUUCCCAAGAGGGAACAUCAUUUACUUUGUCUUCACCUCCUAAUGAUGGCCCCAGGGUCUGGGCUAGAAGAGGUGGAGCUGGAUGCAACCCUGGUCUGUUUUCUGCCACCCUUACAUCCCCACUGCCUGCAGCCCACCAGUACCAAGUGAACUCAGGGACACUGGGGUGUCCUAAGGAACUUGAGAGACUCCGCUACCAGGAACCACUGGGCCCCGCCCCAGUCCCCUCCCCCAGGCUGGGCGGGGAAAGCACAGAGGACAGACCGUGCAGGGGGGAGGGCCCCCCCCCCCCCCCCCCCCCCCCCCGGGUGAGAGCAGCACCCGCGCCUGUCACCUGUGGCAGUGCCCUGUACGGGCCCAGGGCCAUGGAGCCUCAGCUACAGGGCUGUCCCUCAGCAGUGGUUUCUGUGGUGAGUGGGGACAUAGAGGUGGGGGACAUCUGGGCCAUGGGUCUGGGUCCCCAAGGAGUGAAGGGGCCUCAGGGAGUUGGUGGUGAGCUCAGGCUCCUGGCUUCUAGCUUCAUUGGAGGCUGAGUCCUUCUCACCCCAUUCUGACCUAGCUAGAGGCUCUACUUGGGCUGAGCCCUUCCACUGACAGGAAGUACUCUCCCAGGGCCCAGAAGGGUCUGGGGGCCCAGGCAGAGAAAAUAGCAAGUCUAUCCACCUUAUUGGCCACAUGGGUGGAGGUGGGGCUGCCUGGUUCCUGCCCUGAAGGAAGGAAAGGGAGAGGGGCAGGAGCCCCAACUCUGCUUCCUGAAGACUGGUCUGUACCCAGAGGAAAGGAAGUUCUCUCUCCCACCACUGGGUACUCCUUCUGCUCAAGAACCUGAGGCUGUACUUGUCCUCAUGUUGCUGGGUUCCCAAGGCCUGGGCAGCACUCCCCACCCCAGGUGUGACUGUGCCCACAGCUCCCAGAAGAAGAAUGGCAUGUUCUGUUGCAGGGGUUGCCCAGCAGGUCACUACCUGAAAGAGUCCUGUACAGAGCCAUGUGGCAAAAACACCUGUGCCCCGUGUUCCCAGGGCACCUUCUUGGCCUGGGAGAACCACCAGGAGUCCAAGUGUAACCGCUGCAGAGCCUGUUAUGAACAGGGUGGCCAGGUGGCCCUGAGGAACUGCUCAGCAGUGUCAAACACCCUCUGUGGCUGUAAGCCUGGCUGGUUCAAGGAUUGCUGGGACAGUGGCUGUAUGGACAGCUCAGAAUUCAUCUGCCUCCCAUGCGUAGAGUGUGGGAUGCUGCACCGCAACCCACAGGCAUCCUGUCCCCGCCAACCCACCGACUGUGGGUCUUGUCUGCAUGGCUUCUAUGAAGAUGGCAACAGCUGCGUUUCCUGCCCUAAGAUCACCCUGGGGAGCUGUCCUGAGCCUUGUGCAGCUAUCUGUGGCUGGAGGCAGAUGUUCUGGGUCCAGGUGCUUCUAGCAGGCCUGAUGGUCCCACUCCUGCUUGGUGCCACCCUGACCUACACAUACCACCGCUGCCAGCCUUCCAGGUCCGUAGUACCAGCAGAGGAAGCUGGAUUGGAGGUUCUGACCCCUCUACAGGACCCUCAGCUCUCACACAUGAACAGCCCCCACACCCUGUCAGUGCCAACCAGAAGCAGUGAGAAGGUCUGCACCACCCAUCUGGUAGGGAACAGCUGGGCCCCCAGCUUCCCCCAAACCCAGGAGGCAGCCUGCCCUGAUGUGACAUGGCCCUGGGAUCUGCAGAGCAGAGUUCUUGGCUCUUCGACUCUGCCACCACCAUCACCCCCCUCCACUGGCCCUGGGGUCUCCAGCCUCCAGCCCGGCCCGCAGCUGUACGACGUGAUGGAUGCGGUGCCUGUGCGGCGCUGGAAGGAGUUUGUGCGCACGCUGGGGUUGCGGGAGGCUGAGAUUGAGGCGGUUGAGGUGGAGGUCAGCCGCUUCCGUGACCAGCAGUACGAGAUGCUCAAACGCUGGCGACAACAGCAGCCCGCGGGUUUGGGCGCAGUCUAUGCUGCUCUGGAGCGCAUGGGAUUGGAUGGCUGUGCGGAGGACCUGCGCAGCCGCCUGCAGCGCAGCGUCUGACGCAGUGGCCCACCUGCUACCUCAGGGCCAAAGUGGCCCUCGCAGAAGCCCUAAGUACAGUUACUUAUGCACGUAGACAUUUUAUGUCACUUAAUAAGCCCCGGCACAGUACUGCAAAGCAGUGCCAGCCAGCCUAUCUCCUGCGCACCUUGGGGUGGCGGUCCAGUGAUGGCUUGGCUGUCUGGGUUUGACGGAGGCCUCGGUAUUAAAUUUGUUAAGUAAAACUGC